GGCUCCGGCUCGGCGCGGGCGCGGGAUUCGCCUCCGCGGGCUCCCGGCGCCGCGGCUCAGGAUGCGCGGCGGGCAGGGCGUGGCGCGGGCCCCGGUGCUCCAGUUCACCAACUGCCGCAUCCUGCGGGGUGGGGCGCUGCUCAGGGAGGACCUGUGGGUGCGCGGGGGCCGCAUCCUGGACCCGGAGAAGCUGUUCUUCGAGGAGCGGCGCGUGGCCGACGAGCAGCGGGACUGCGGGGGCCGCAUUCUGGCGCCUGGCUUCAUCGACGUGCAGAUCAACGGUGGAUUUGGUGUUGAUUUCUCCCAGGCCACGGAAGACGUGGGUUUGGGGGUCGCCCUGGUGGCCCGGAGGAUCCUGUCGCAUGGUGUCACCUCAUUCUGCCCCACCCUGGUCACUUCCCCACCGGAGGUUUAUCACAAGGUCCUUCCUCAGAUCCCUGUGACGAGUGGUGGUCCCCAUGGGGCAGGGGUCCUCGGGCUGCACCUAGAGGGUCCAUUCAUCAGCCGGGAGAAGCGGGGCGCACACCCCGAGGCCCACCUCCGCUCCUUUGAGGCCAAUGCCUUCCACGAUGUGCUGGCCACCUACGGGCCCCUGGACAACGUCCGCAUUGUGACGCUGGCCCCCGAGCUGGGCCGCAGCCACGAGGUGAUCCGGGAGCUGACAGCCCGUGGCAUCUGUGUGUCCUUAGGGCACUCGGUGGCUGAUCUGCGGGCGGCAGAAGCAGCGGUGCAAAGUGGAGCGACCUUCAUCACCCACCUCUUCAAUGCCAUGCUGCCUUUCCACCACCGCGACCCAGGCAUUGUGGGGCUCCUGACCAGUGACCAGCUGCCCCCGGGCCGUGGCAUCUUCUAUGGGAUGAUCGCCGACGGCACACACACCAACCCGGCAGCCCUGCGAAUCGCCCACCGGGCCCAUCCCCAGGGACUGGUGCUGGUCACUGAUGCCAUCCCUGCCCUGGGCCUGGGCAACGGCCGUCACACUUUGGGACAGCAGGAGGUAGAGGUGGACGGGCUGACGGCCUAUGUGGCAGGCACCACGACGCUGAGCGGCAGCAUAGCCCCGAUGGAUGUCUGUGUCCGGCACUUCCUGCAGGCCACAGGCUGCAGUGUGGAGUCAGCCCUGGAGGCUGCGUCCCUGCACCCUGCACAGCUGCUGGGGCUGGAGAAGUGUAAGGGGACCCUGGACUUCGGAGCUGACGCAGACUUCGUGGUGCUCGAUGACUCCCUCCACGUUCGGGCCACCUACAUCUCGGGUGAGCUGGUGUGGCAGGCAGAGGAGGCCAGGCAGUGACGAGGACCUCCGCUGGAGAGGACACCUGGCCCCAGCUGGACACUUGUCAGGGCCAGGCAGUCGGGGAGCUGGCCUCCAGGGAUCGAGUGGGGCCCUGCUCCAGGCUGACAGCUAUGGCUCUCGUGGCCACCCUGGAGGCAACUGGAUAAACGUGCGCCCAGCAGGGACUCGCCCGUCUCUGGGUUUUGCUUGC